AUGGCCCUUCACAGUAUCAACGCUGCACACGGGACCGCUGCAGCAGAUGCUUCUGGUAGUGACCACAAAGGCAGUGCUCGUGACAAAGGCACAGAGCAGAGCAAUGAGCACGCGUCCUCUUCUUCCUCCUCCUCUGGCCGGCCCACCUCCCUCCCACGCUCUAAUCUCUCCAUGCAGCUGGAUGCGAUUGAACGUAUGCUGGCUGUAGCACAGAUCGAACCAGACCUCGCUGCAGAUGAGAUUGUUACAGAUGGAUCAGGGACUGCUGGUGUUGGUGCUGCAGGUGCUGCUGCUGGUGCUGCUGCUGGUGCUGCUGCUGGUGCUGGUGGUUCACUGAGAGGGAUCGGAUUAGAUGUCGCAGGGGGAGAGAAAGCUAAGGACGAAGUGCCUGGGUGGCAGAUUGGCCGAGCCACUUGGGAGCAAGAAUCGGGAGAAGAGGAGGAUGUUUUGCCAGGUGCUGUGGGUGCUCCGCUGAAUACCAUGGACGAAGAGGCCUUAGCUGCUGCCAGGCUGUCUCAGCGGAUUGACGCGAUUUAUCGCAUGCUUGCUGAGAAUUGUGAGGGGGGGGAUUCAGGUGUGGUCAGCUCAGGUGAAUCUGGAAAAGCACCUGAGAACACCAGUGGAGAACCUGGUGGCAGCAGCAGAGAAGCACCUGGUUCAGGUGAAUUCGAGAAAACAGCUGAGGGCCUCGGAAUGACAACUGGUGAUACUGGAAGUGCCUCUGGUAAAACUCUUGGUGACAACAGAACAGCACCUGAUGGCAUCAGAGCCGCACCUGAGGGUGCCAGCGCAGGUGGUGCUGAUUCUGCUGCUGCAGCUGCUGCUGCUGCUGCUGCUGCUGCUGCUGCUGCUGCUGCUGCUGCUGCUGCUUCUGCCAAGGCUCUGCCUUCUUCUUCCAAACCCAUGACUCAAAAUACCAGCAGCAUUACUCCUCCUGCUGCCACCACCACCACCACCACCACCAAGGCUACCGCCAGCAGCAAAACGAGCACCACCAGCAGCGCCACCACUACCAGCAGCAGCAGCAGCAGCAGCAAGGCAAUCGGACGGUCCAGAUUGCGCACCACGGUCUCACAGAAGCAGCUGGUUACCAUACACCAGAUCCUGGCAGAAGCCGGGAGAUUGCCGCCCAGUCACAGUAUUCACAGCCGGGCGGCAGAGGCAGCUAAAGGACGAAGCACCGCAGUGGCAGCUGUGUUGGAUAAGAAGGGAGGGGUUGGUGGUGGUGGUGGUGUGACCGGGCGGCAGGGGGGAGGGCAGCAGCAGGUCUGGGCUGAUGCGAUUGCGGAAGGGGAUGAAGGGGAGGAGGGAGGGUUGUCGGGGAGGGCAGAAGGGAGUGGGAGUUUAGGAAGGGGAUCGGGAGGGUCGGGGGGAGGUACGGUCGGAGGUUUGGUCACAGGUCUGGCCGGAGGUUCGGGAGGAGCUUUGGUUAGCGCGCCCAAGGUGGCUUCAGGUGAGCAUUCAGGGGGGUUGACAGGGGCUAUGUCAAGCAUGCAGGAGGCGGUAACAGGGGCAAUGGCAGGUGUCAUGUCAGGUGAUUUUUCAGGUGGUGGCUCUGUGCUGACUGGAAUGAUGGGCAUGGUGACAGGCACUGUUUCCGGAGCUAUGGACAAGGUUCGGUCAGGCGAGGCUGAAGACUUGGUUCGGCAUGCAAUAGAAGCAGCCAAGGCUCCCUUGGUGAAAGGAGGGGUGGGAAUGAUGGGGGCGCUGGGUGAAGCAGGAAGGGGUAGCACUGCACCUGUCAUCCGAAUCUGCACACUCACAUAA